AUUUCCAAUUAGAGCAUUGUAGAAAAGAUAUUACAAGGAAAUGAAGGAGGAGUUAGAGAAGAAUCCCCAAUCGACAAUAUCAUCUUCCCAAGUAUUUUUUAUCCAUGUUUGCUGCGGACUAGCCUUGGCCGCUGGGUUUUGGGUGGCCCACCAUGUCUAUUCCCUCAAUCUCGUCUUUGAUCCUACAAAAACUCUUUGUUUGAUCUGGGCUAUUGAAUUCCCAGUUGUUAUCCUUCUUUUCAGUUGCUGUAGACAGAAACCGGAGAAAUGCUCGUAUUUCACAGCUAUUGCCCGAGGUCUGCUGGGACUUCCUGUUGGGGCUCUAUUAAAUGCGCUUGGAGCAUUAGCUUUGGGUGCACCCGUCGGCUUGCAAUACUUAGAAAAGACAGUUAACUGGUCUCUUCUGAUGUCUUCAUUCACUUUUGUGCCCACAGCUUGUGUUUAUGGUUCAAGUUGGACAGAUUGGCAUCGCAUAUUUGCAUGUACAAAGCCAAAUGGACCUUUGGAAUUUAUGCUUUGUCUACCAGCACAUGGAGCUGUAAUUGGAGCUUGGUUUGGUGCUUGGCCUAUGCCACUUGAUUGGGAACGCCCUUGGCAGGAUUGGCCAAUCUGUGUGAGUUAUGGAGCAAUGGCUGGUUAUGUGGUUGGGAUGGUGGGAUCCUUUGGUCUUGCACUAAAAAUGCAUGCUGGACGAAAGCAACUCAAAGCAGAGUAGAUGGUACUCUUUUUCCGUUUCAGUUUCCCCUUUGCUGAGUUAUGAAGCAAUGACUGGUAUAGUUGUUUUGUCCGAUUUUGCGAUUAUAUAGAUAUAUAUUCUCUUUAAGUUGCUGAAAAAUAUACUAAAUCAGUUUAUUCUUUAUUGGAUAAUAUCAAUUUAACUUACAA